AUGGCGGUUGCAGUUGCCCCAUUUCAGGACACUGAAUUAAACUCUGUAGCUACAAUAGAUGCCAGUUUCAUAGGGCUGGCGUCCUCAGCCCUGCUGAUACCCCUGCCACCACCGGUGCUUCAGGGCUCAGUGGGCUCCAACGAGCGAAGUUUCCAGCUGCCGACCAGCAACAGUAUGGCGCGGGAAUGCUCAUCCCCUCAAAUGAGGGCACUCAAGCUGUCAGGAUCAGACUGCGGGACGGUCCUGAGAAAGACCCGAUCCAAACGCGAGCUUGUGAAGAUCAGAGAAGCCAAAGCGGUCUUCCCGGGGGCUUGUGCCACCCGGCUGCCCCGGGGCAAGCGCUCCCUGCCGGCGCUGGACCGCCGGCUUCCCCGCCAGCGCCGCCGCUCCUCUCCGGUGGAGGAUGCGAGCUCUUCUCGGGGAAAAGCCGUUUAUUUUACGGGCAGAGGGGACCAGCUGAGACUCAAGCCCGGUGUGGAGAUACCAAAGGGCAAUUUCACCCUCCAGAUGUGGGUCAAAGCGGAGGGUGGGCAGCAUUCCUCUACCAUUAUAGCUGGUCUCUUCGACAAAUGCUUCUACGCCUCCAGUGAUCGUGGAUGGCUGUUGGGAAUUAAAGCUGUGAGUGAACAGGGAAACCGUGACCCGCGUUUCUUCUUCUCUCUUAAAACGGACCGAGCACACAAAGUUACAUUCAUUCAUUCGAAUGCCCGCUACUUGCCCAACCACUGGGCCCAUGUAGCUGUGACUUACAAUGGCUUCUAUAUGAAGUUAUAUGUCAAUGGUGCUCAGACAGCUGUUAGCAGGGAACAGUCAGGUGAUGUCUUCAGCCCACUUACUAAAAAGUGUAAGGUGCUGAUGGUGGGUGGAAAUGCCUUGAAUCAUAACUACAGAGGCUCCGUGGAGCGUGUUGGUUUGUGGCGACGGGCACUCUCUCAGAGGCAGAUCAUAAGGGACAUGCAUGGACACGAGGACCUGGUUGACCUGGUGAUCCGUGAGACAUUUGAACACCCAGCACGCAAAUGGCUGGCUGUGAAGGAUGGCAGCUUCCCAAUACCAGAUGAGGGUCCUCGUGCAGGGUUGGGGUCUUUAGACACCACCCUGGAGCCUCCAGCUUGCGGUCAGACGGUGUGUGAUAACACAGAAGUGGUGCGCAACUACAAUCAAUUCUGGAGCUUCCGUCACCCCAAAACGGUACGCUAUCGUGUUGUAAACGUGUUUGACGACUCUCAGCGCAAACCUACAGUCACAGAUCAGCAGAUUCACCUGCAACAUCAGCAUAUGAAUGAAGCCUUUAGCAUGUACAACAUCACCUGGAAGUUGACUGUGCACAAUGUAAGCAAUUCAUCUUUGUAUAACCGUCUGGUACUCGCCAACUGUGAUAUUAGUAAGGUGGGUGAUGAGGAUUGUGACCCUGAAUGCAAUCACACCCUGACUGGAUUUGAUGCUGGUUACUGCAAGCCCAGGACGCGAUGUCCUGAACAUAAACAAGGGAAUGGCGUCUGCGAUCCAGAGUGCAACUGUGAGAACUAUGGAUAUGAUAAUGGCGAUUGCUGUAACCCAAGCAUCACUGAUGUGACCAAGACUUGCUUCAAUCCAGCUUCUCAUUUAAGGGCCUAUCUGGAUGUGAAGGAGCUAAAAGAGAUCCUCAAGCUGGAUGGUUCCACGCACCUCAAUAUCUUCUUCGCCAAUUCCUCAGAUGAAGACCUGGCUGGAGUUGCUACCUGGCCAUGGGAUAAGGAGGCACUGACACAUCUAGGUGGCAUCGUUCUGAAUCCGUCUUUCUACGGUACAUUUGGCCACACUCAUACCAUGAUCCAUGAGAUCGGUCACAGUCUGGGAUUGUACCAUGUGUUCAGAGGUAUCUCAGAGAUCGAGUCCUGCAACGAUGCGUGUUUAGAGACCGAGCCGUCACUGGAAACUGGAGAUCUGUGUGCCGACACUAACCCCACACCCAAAUACAAGCACUGCAGGGACCCUGAGCCUGGCAACGAAACAUGUAGCAACCGCAAUUUUGUUCACACACCCUUUAAUAAUUACAUGAGUUACGCAGAUGAUGACUGCACUGAUUCAUUCACGCUUAACCAGGUGGCUCGCAUGCACUGCUACCUGGACCUCAUCUACCAGACCUGGCAACCCGAGUACCGGCCCCCUCCAGUCCCCAUGGCUCCCCAAGUGGUAGAACAGGAACAAGACUUCAUUACUGUUGAGUGGUUUCCGCCCAUCUCUGGCCACUUCUAUGACAGGGACGGCAUUUCAGCGCCCUCGCUCUUCUGCCGCGUCUUCCCGAUGGCAUUGCCACUCCACCUGCCGGCCGUGGAGUUCACAGGGUUUGUGGCUGAUGUCCUUAAGACACUCCUGCUGUUUGUAUUUGCAUUUUUCACUAGCCGUGUUCCUACAUCGCACAGAGGCUCCCCGAAGCAGACCUGUGCUCACAGACCACCAGAUGUAGAGCAGGCAUGCGAGCCCAGCGUCCGCACGUGGAGUCCGCAUAACGGCAUGGAUCUAGGAAUGGUGCCUCCUCCCUGCCCUCUGCAAGGCUGCAUGUUACAGCUGGAGUUUGCAUAUCCGGUGGUCCCUGACUCCCUCACAGUGUGGGUGACCUUCUCCUCCCAGGAGGAAACCGUUCUGCCUGCCAUCCACAAUAUCAUCUUAUUGACUGUCGGUGGCAACAACCUGUCUCUGGGUCCCAGCAAUUUGUUCUGCGACACACCGCUGACCAUCAAGCUGGAUGUGCUUGAGAAGGUGUACGGCGUGCAGUUUUUCACCAUGGAGCAACAUUUGGAAAUUGAUGCUACUCUGCUCACGUCCAAACCCGACUGUCCGCUGUGUCGAGAAUGUGAGCCGCUGCACUAUAGGCUCCUGCGGCAGCCGCCAUUUGUUCACGCACCCCAGGGCGUCAUGCUGAGAGACUCAAUGCGAAGAUACAUGGACAGGGAGGUUGAGUAUGGUGGGAUAUACACAUACCAGGUCCAAACCAUCUCCAGUCGGAGCGAGAGUGAAUCAUCACCUCCACUGACACACCGUCUUGGAGCGCCGUACUGUGGAGAUGGUCUCAUCCAGAGGUCCCAGGGAGAGGAAUGUGAUGAUAUGAACACUAUGAAUGGAGACGGCUGCUCCGGCCACUGCAAGAAGGAGUCGUUUUUUAACUGUAUUGAUGAGCCCAGUAUGUGCUACUAUUAUGACGGUGAUGGCAUCUGUGAAGACUUUGAACGGGAGACGAGUGUGAAGGAUUGUGGCCUGUACACGCCGAAUGGUUUUCUGGACCAGUGGGCCACCUCAGUGGAAGUGUCCCAUGAAGAGAGGCUGUACUGCCCAGCCGACGUGGCUGCUGGAUAUCCUGCUAUUACUAAG